AUGUCUUCUCUCCUGUUUAAACGCGCUGUCACUUCUUUUUUCUCUGAACGGUUUAGGCUUUCUCCCGUAAGAGAAAAUCUUAACCUUAUCCGUGAAGAACUUCGAAAAUUUGGUCAGGGCUCGAUAGAGUACAAUUCCUCUUUUUCACCUGGAAUUGGUUUGAUAACACUUCACAAUUCUGAACGACAUAAUGCCUUAAGUGGCAAAAUGAUGGCCGAAUUAGCUGAUUUGGUUGAUAAAUUAGAACAUAUUACACAAGGUAAAACAAAUUCAAAAAACGAAACCGAUUUAAUAGCAUUAAUAUUAUCGGGAGACGAAAAUACUUUUUGUUCCGGUUUAGAUUUAAGUAUAGCGAAUGACCAUAUUCUGACCACAGAAAAUGGUAAAAAAAUGAGUUCGCUUAUGCAAGAUACACUCUUACGUUUUAGUCGACUUCCCUUAAUUUCGAUCGCCGCAAUCGAAG